GAUAACUACCUUAACUUUUUCGAUUUUGAUCCAAUUAUGAAAACAUUGCAAACAACUCGUUAUUCCCGGUUCGGGUUUAACAAUACUGGGCUAAACCCCGGUACAUGGAUCGGAUAUCUAGAAAGUUUCAAACCCGACCCAUCCAACCCAUGCAUACUCUACACAUAAUUGUCCGUCAGUCCGUGAGAGGAGAGGAGAUCCGAGUGAGAAAACCCUAAUCAAGUACCUACCCUUCCCCUUCUCCUCUGUUCUUGUGUUUCUCUGGCGUGUUUCUCUUUCCAUCGGCGCCUUCUCAACUUGUUCCUUCGUUUGUGCGGCUCUCUCUGGCGUGGUUGCAGCUUCUGAAUCCCCUGCUUAUUCGUCAUGGCUAUUAGGCUUCAAUUCGAGAACAAUUGUGAAGUUGGUGUUUUCUCCAAGCUCACGAAUGCAUACUGCUUGGUCGCGAUUGGAGGAUCUGAAAGCUUCUACAGUAUCUUUGAGUCCGAGUUGGCAGAUGUCAUUCCCGUGGUUAAGACCUCGAUUGGGGGCAUUAGAAUAAUCGGGAGGCAAUGUGUUGGAAACAAAAAUGGACUUCUUCUGCCACACACCACCACUGAUCAGGAGCUGCAGCACUUGAGGAACAGUCUCCCUGAUUCAGUUGUUGUCCAGAGGAUAGAGGAGAGGUUGAAUGCUCUCGGAAAUCACGUUGCUUGUAAUGACCAUGUUGCUCUUGCACAUCCUGAUCUUGACAGGGAAACUGAGGAGCUGAUAGCUGAUGUUCUUGGAGUUGAAGUAUUCAGGCAGACGAUCGCUGGUAACAUUCUUGUAGGAACCUACUGUGCUCUUUCAAACAGAGGCGGCAUGGUGCACCCCCACACUACCAUUGAAGAGCUUGAUGAGCUUUCCACCCUUCUCCAGGUCCCCUUGGUUGCCGGGACAGUUAACCGUGGCAGUGAUACUGUAGCUGCAGGGAUGACGGUGAAUGACUGGACAGCAUUCUGUGGCUCAUACACUACGGCGACAGAGCUGUCUGUUAUCGAGAGCGUUUUCAAGUUGAGGGAAGCUCACCCCAGUGCCAUUGUGGAUGAGAUGAGGAAGUCUUUGGUUGACAGCUAUGUUUGAGAGAUGUUGUGGUGCAUGUCAGCUGGGAGUGUGGCACCAUCUCUGUAGUCCUACAUUGGACUCUUAGAAUUGGAGUGACGAAAGGAAAAGGAACAAGACGACUAUUGUGUUCGGAGGCUCUCGUCUCAAUUUUACCUUAUCUUGGGCCGAUCCAGGUUUUUGGUCAAAUGAGUGGGCUUUAAUGAUUUAACAUACGCUGCUAUCUAGAGCCCAACCGAUUCACAUGACCUAAGGCAGUACCGCGGGAGAAGUUAGGAUGCUAACUCUACGUGCUAAUGAAGGGCUUAUCUGGUAUUUUGAAAUAUUAAAAAAUAAAUUACUUAAAAUCAAAUUUAAUUUUCUCUCUCCUGUUUUUACUAUCCAUUUUUUACCGAAAAUUACCACUAAUUCAUUAAUACUUAGAUUAAUAAUAUUUUUGGCUGUUUAUAGUAGCGGUUUAUUGAUUUUUUGUAGUGAUUUAUUUUAGUAGUGAUUUAAUUGUUAGUAGUAGUGAUUUAAUGAUUUUUAAUUAAUAGUGAUGGAUGAUUUAUAUUAGUAGUGUUUUUGUGAGUAAUAGUAGUGAUUUUACGUAUUUAAAAAACUACUAAUAAUGAACAAAAGACGGUGAUUGCUAUAAGAAAAACUACUUAAAAUGACUACUACAUACUAAUAUUCACAAGAAUAAUCACGGCUUGACAAAUCACUACUAAAUACACACAUAUAAUCACUACUACAUCAACACAUAUAAUCACUACUACAUCAAAGGAGAUCUAUAGCAGAUCUGCUUAGUUUAAUUUCCAUCCCGAUCGAGGUCGCCUUGCAUUAAUUCCCAAACCCAUUAGCAGGCCAACUAGAGGCUCUCUGAACCCAGCAAGGAGCCCGACCACCACCAUCUCUCCAAUCAAAUCUUUCAAAUAAAAGGGAGAAAGAAAGAAAGAGCCUCCUCAUUGGCUCCAAUUUUAAGUCGCCCUUAUCCCGCUUGUUUGAGUCUGGAAUGUCGCAGGCGGUUAGAGAGAGCAGUUGAGUUACUAUUAAUGCAUAUAUCGAUGUAUUUAUAGUCGGCUAGUUUGAGUAUGAAGCAUUAAAUGUCAUGUCAAGCGGCCUAGAUAUGCCUUGCUUUAUCUAGACCGCCCGCGGCGGGCGUUUAAUGCUUAGUCCUACAGUAUUCGAGGUAAGUAUCAUAGGAGGAUCUUCUCUUCCUAACACCAAUGGUAUUUUGUGUCGGGCGGCCUACUCCCUGUCACGUCGCAGGGUGGCCGCCUGCCGUUCUCCUUUCCCUAUGUCCACUCUUUUGGGUCUCUCGCUGUGGCCCGGUCCCUUCUUCGGGCCCUGCCUGGUCGUCCCCCUAUGGGCAUUAAGUCCAACACUGCUCAACUAUGGGCCCAACACCGCUAUCACCAUUAACGGCGAUCUGAAAUGAUGACGGAUCAACAAGAUCCGGGUUCUGAUCUGUUCAACAGUGAAACCAGAUGCAUCGUACCCUCCAACGGUGGUGAGGGAUAGCAGGGGAACCAGAUCCUCGCCGGUAGAAAGCAGCAGCGACCUCGACCUCCAUUCUAGAUAUACAAAAUAUUGAUAGUAGUAGUAGGGAGCGGUUUGUGGUAGAGAGAGAGGGGGGAGGCACUAAGUCAUUUUCUUGUAGAGGGAGUUGUGAGAGAGAAGCCGAGGAGCCAGGACGGAAGAGAGGCGGCGAGAGUUUCUUUGUUUACGAAAAUUAAUGAAGGAACUGACUAAAAUAACCUCUGAUUAAUUCUGACUCUUAGAUUAAUAUUUUAAUUUGACGAUUAGAGAGGUGGUUAGUAUGGUGCUAACCCAUUUAGAGGUUAGCAUCUAAUCUCAUUCCUCUCUAUCAGGCACAAGAUGGCGAAAAUACCGGUCAAUCACGGAUGCCUGCCUUUCCACCUUAUACCAACUCGAUUGGAUAGAUAAAGUUCGAAUUAAAUAAAUAGCUUACA